GCCCACUCCGUAGAUAUCCCGCUGCGGCGGUGGACCUUCCACCGGGAGCUAUGCCAUGGCCUACCGAUAGCGUCCUCGAUUUGGAGAGUAGAGUUCGCAUUCUCGAUGCCGGUGCUGAAGGGGGUGGAGAAUAAGUGAUGCAUACAAGCUAGGCCAAGAGAUGGCUGCUACCGUCAUCGACAGGCACCGCCCGCGCCCCUCCUAGGUGGCUAGCGCAAGACUGCAGGCUGACCCGGCCUCUCUCGUCCUCGUUAGCCUGCCGGAGUCCUGACCGCACACUUCCCGAGCGCCGAUGCCGGGCGACGGGCGGGCAGGUAGCGAGGUUCUGCCCGCGGGACCGCCCCGCAAAUCAUUACGAGAAAACAAAGCUUCUCCGGCCGCGACGCGAGUCGUGUCCCGAGAUUUUUCGACGGCGAGAACGGCACUUCGAGAAGGGCCGACAGGGCGGGAGUUUGCUUCAGCAGGGGGAGGCGGGCAGCAGACGGACGAAGGAGAGGAGAGGGACUGCUGCAUCUUCCUCCACACAAGCAAGCAGGCAAAACGUCCAAGGGCCACAAAUCGAUACAGCAUCUACUGCCAGCCGCUCCCAGUAAGCCGGAGCGAGACAGCAGCAGGAUAUCGCCUUACCUAUAUUUUAUCGACGCGGGAGAGUGAAGGACCGAGCGACGCGAUGGUUCUGCUCGCUCUCGCCACGCGACCUCGCAGAAAGCCGAAUGUGCUGUGUGCCUGCGCCACUCUCGCGCACGCCUACGCGGAAUCGAAACCAACAGGCUAUACACACUUACUACCGUUCUACUCUGCGCUCGUUAGAUACGCGAGCUCAGAACCCGUGGGGGGAAAAAUAAGAAGAGGAGAGGAGAGACCCGCGCCGCAUAAUAGCUGGCACAUCGCCGUCCUGUUCGUUGUCACGACAGGUGCGACGGCUGGUUGAUGCGGCCUCCGAGCCUGGCUGGGCGUACACCUGCUCCCCCGAAUAGACCCGGAUAUGAUCGAGAGAUUCGUCCUGCUCGGCAUCGGGCUGACGCUGAUCGGGCUCCGGCUCUACGUCCGGGCCCGGGUGGUCGGGUGGCGGGGGCUCUGGGUCGACGACUACAUGAUGAUAGUCGUGGCGGU